ACAUUACAGGAAAAUCAGAUUUCAGAUUUUUGAUAUCCAUUUAAAGUUUGUUUCUAAAAUCAAGAUGAGUGUGUGAUCUGUGCUCACAAUCUCUUCUUUCUUUUCAUCUCCCCAUAAAGUGAAAGUUCUGAGCGAUUCGAAGCGACUUCAUAGCGAUUUCUACGUGAUUUCCUGUGAUUUCCUGAGAUUACCAGUGAUUUUCAGCAUUUUUGACGUUUCCUAGGAAAAAACAUCUUCCAUUCACGUCUGCUGAUAUAUUUUUUAUUUUUUUUUAAAAACCCAACUGCUCUUUUAAGAGCAAAAAGACUUGGGCGCAAUGCCAUUCUGCGCCCCAUGGAGGAAGGUAAGUUGGCGGUUACAUUUUUAUUUGACUAAGAAAUGUUUUUUCUAGUCCCAAAGUUUAAGAGGUCCUAAAAUGGUUUUGCUAUAUGGCCCAGUAAUUUUCAAUUAUGCUAUGGUCCCUGUUACUUUACUAAUUAGUAGAUUUGGGAUAAGGGCAUCUUUCACACAGGGUAUUACCAUUUCGUUAUUCAGCAAGUCUUGUGCCUUAUACUGUCCCUAAUAGAAUCUUUCUCUUUUCCCUCAGCGACAGUCAGAAUCCAGCUCCCUCUCUGAGAUUUACAAGGUGAGUAGAAAAGAGGGAAAAAUAAUGUGACCACUCACUGUAAAUUCUGCUAGAGCAUGGAAUCUGGGAGUUGGUUUGGUGAUGGACAUAUUUUAUCCUUUUGAAAUAUUAUGUUAUGACUAAAGUUCCCCUUUUAUUCUAUUUUAUUGUCCAGCCUCCUGAUGGUCGGCUGACCAAGGAUGUGCUCCUCGGAGAGGGCGGCACCGGAGACGUCUACAAGGUAAGGGACCAACCAAAUUAGGGUUGAAUAGAAAUAACUUACUCAGUGGUUCACAAAAUGGCUUAAAUAGUGCUGUACUUACUUCAGUAUCUUCCCAAAAUGCCUUGUUGUAGCGAAAACCAAGUGUAAGUUAAACUUUUUUGUCUGUAUUACAGGGACGACACCAUCGGAAAGGUGUGGUGGCCGUGAAGAUUGCCAACAUCAGUCGGGUAACGUAUCUUUAUACUUCCAUUUUUUUAUAUCAUUCCUAUUUGUGAGGUUGCCUAUGCAAGCUAAAGGGAUUUCUAUUACUCCACUCCAGGAUGAAGAGUCAGUCUGCAGGGAGCUGAAUUUUCUCCAGCAGUUCAGCGGCCACAAGAACGUCGCCUCUUUCUUUGGAGCCUACUACAGGGCUCCACUCACGGAGUGCUCAUCGGAGCUCUUGGAAAUUGUUCUUGAAUACUGUGGUGGCGGUUCUCUCCACAACCUCAUCAGCAAGACCAAUGGCCAAUCCCUGAAGGAGACCUGGAUUGGCUAUGUCUGCAAGGAGGUUUUAAAGGGGCUGCACCACAUCCACAAGAACCGGGCCGUUCAUAGAGACAUCAAGAGCCUGAACAUCAUGCUCACAGAGACGGCCAAAGUCAAGAUCAGUGAGUAAAACUUACAGUUAUAAUGGAGUAAUGGAUGGUGGGGAGCUUCUGUGAAUAUGGAGUCAGGGGGUUUCAUAAUUGAGGUUUCUUUAUUAUUGUGGUUAAACAAAUUAUUUUCCAUUAAUAGAUUCUAUCUGUCAUUUCAGUCGACUUUGGAAACAGCUGGAACCUGGACCCGCAAACUGGAUUGUGCCACGAAGCGGACGGGACUGCACAUUG